AAAGAUCAGGAAAUCAGCCGACGGCGAUUGGCCGGGGUCGCCAACUUCCACUGGAGGUCAGAGGGUGCUCCAGUUCGUGACGACCCUGGGCUCUCAUCUGGAAAACCCAUUGAACCCAACGCACAACCACUGGAAUUUGGAACUUGGCAAAGGAAAAGGAAAAGGAAACUAAAGAGCACCUAUACAAUGCCCACCACACAGCAUUCGCAAGGAGACGCUGCCGCCGCCGGGAAGGAUUCGGCGGAGAAUAUGCCCAAUCUGUCCACAUUGUCGCUGGACGAACUGAAGCAGCUGGACAGGGAUCCCGAGUUCUUCGACGACUUCAUCGAGGAGAUGUCCGUGGUGCAGCACCUGAACGAGGAGCUCGACUCGAUGAUGAACCAGGUGGAGAGCAUAUCAAGGGAGAACGAGAGCAAGGGCAGCCAUCUGGUGGAGCUGAAGCGCCGGCUGAGUGAUGAUUACACGGCUUUGAAGACACUGGGCGAGAAGUGCGACCAGCUGAACAAGAAGUACUUGAAGAAGUCGGAGGAAUAUGCUCCGCAGCACAUAAGGGAACUCCUUCAGAUUGCCGCCUCCAAUGCCGAUGCCGACUGCGAUCGGCAUGUGGAGCACUUCCUGAACGGAAAGAUCGAUGUGCAGACGUUCCUCAACACCUACACCAGUUGCAAGAAGAUCAGCGCCGAGCGCAAGGCCAAGGAGGAGCGACUGGGCUCCCAGCUGAGUGCUUUGGAACGGGCAGGCAUCUAGGAUUGCUUCGGGGGCAUCUACAUUGGCUGUGCACCGGCUGUCCACUCAAUGUUCAUCUCGAUUCUACAUCCUCCAGCCGCCACGAGUCGCAAUAAUAGUGUCUAAGCAGGAUAAUCAAUAGAGCAACCGAUACGAGUCAGAUAUAUAUAUAUUUAAAUUGAUGGAUGGCCCCGCCUCUCAGAACAGAAACGAAAAUCGCUCGCUAGUUGUACGCUAGAUUUAAACACGUGUAAAUCGGUGGAGUGGCUUGUAAUUCUAAUUAAUUAUGUUAUGUCCAAAAAUCCAAAAGUCCAGUCUCCAAAACCCAAAUCCCAUGUAUUACCCAAAUAGGCUAGAAUUGUUUUUGGUCCCUUAUUUUGUCCCAUGGCCAGCCCAAUCGAUAUUUUGUACUAUGUAUAUUUAAUAAAUAUUAUGAUUUAUAUGA